AUGUCGGACUCACCCUGGAACGCUGCUCCCGUGCCUGGCCAAGAGCCCCCGCGCGCGUCCAAACCCGUAGCUGCCACAAAGCACGCGAAGAAGGAAGAACACGUGGCAUGGAACGCUGCACCAAAGGCGAACGCUGGAGCUGCUGACAAGGUCAAGGACAAGGCGCGACACGUGGUGGAGGACGCAAAGGACCUCACGGCCAAAGUCACGAGCACUGUGGAGGGCUACAAGAACGACAGUGUGGCCAAGGGGAAGAAGAUGAAGGAGGAGUGGAAGACGUCCAAGGAGGAGAAGAAGAAAGAGAAGAAGCCCGAGGAGUCGGCGGGUGCCUGUGGAGUCUGUGGCUGCACUGUCAUGUAA